CGGCGACGCUCCGCUGCUCGCUCUGCCCGUUUCCUUUAGAUAGAUGAGGGUGCGUCGGACAACUGGCUGCAUGGUGUCGCUUUUUCUGUAAACACUCAGGAGGAGGAAAGUUGCCCUAACUUCCGAGGCCCACUGAAGCUGUGAGAUCUACACUGUCAGAGAGAGAGAGAGAGAGAGAGAGAGGUGAAGCAGGCAGCAGGAUGAAGUCCAAAGGGAAGGCUGUGAAACCAUCCAGGAGGACCUGGUCUGACCCGGAGCCAGAACUAGAACCGGACACAGAACCGGAACCCGGCUCCAGUGAGCAGGAAGGCUCAGAGGCCUCGGUGCGGAUCGGCGGCUCCUGGAGGGGGUCGCUGAGGAGCGGGGACAGGAAGCGUCCAGGAGGAGCGGGUGCGGGGCGGCGGCGGAGGCAACAUGGCUCCAGCACCAAAGAACGCAGCAUCCGCAGACUGGAGAGCAACGAGCGGGAACGCCAGCGCAUGCACAAACUCAACAACGCCUUCCAAGCAUUGCGCGAGGCCAUCCCACAUGUCAAGACUGACAAGAAGCUGUCCAAGAUCGAGACACUGACCUUGGCUAAGAAUUACAUCAAAGCUUUGACCACCAUCAUCCUGGACAUGUCAGGGGCCUGCCUACCUGCUGGUGGGGUCCCAGCAGAGGCCAGCGCCGCCAAGCUGCUCCAGUGCUACCAACAGCACCUGGAGGAGGAGGGGGAGGACGGUCUCACCCAGUACCUCACCCACAUGCACAGCUUCAGCCAGCGCAGCUAACAGUGGCUGCAAGGUGGUUUGGAGGCCAGGAGAGCAAAACAGCAGGCUGGUCUCUAAGGCAGAAAGAUGUGUGGGAAGACUUUGAGGGCCAAUUCUCAAACGAUACCCAGUUCCUACAGUCACACUGCUCUGAGAUCUGGUCAGCUCUGUGCUGUUUUCUGUAGGAACCAGGAGCUGUUUCGGAUCAUAGACGUCUGACAAUAACCCCCUGGUUGAAUACAGCAAGAGGUGGGCUUUCGACUUGCCCUUCAUGCAAAAGAUGGAAUGAUUUGAGGACAAUUCACCUGUCGGACACAGAGUCUCCAGACUGGACAGAGAAAACCAGAUGGACCAUGGUUAUGAAAAGUGAAAACACUCAUUUGUUAUUGUACUCAGAAAGGAAGGGCUAAUCUUUCGCCACUGUCUUUUUUUUAGUUCUCGUCUUCUAUGGUUUGAGCUGAGACGGGAGUUUGUUCUAUUAUGUUUUAUCUUGUGAUCUUGUGUGUUUUUUGUUUUUUUUGUUGAGAAACCUGCUGAGUGUAGCCUCUAGUUAUAACUGUCACAUCCAGGAAGAAAAGAAAGGCAAGCAACAGGCUAGCUGAAAUUUUGAAGCUAGAAAGUGUGUUUGUUCAUUUGUUUCGCGAUGACGACCUACCGCCAAUUUGAGAACAAGAUUGACUUGUCCUUAUACGUGUUGUGCAACCAUACUGUAGCAGGAAGGCUGAUAUGAUGCUUAAAGUGUGUUAUUUCAAUUUUUUUGUCUCAGUGUGUCUUGAGGCAGGACAUUUGAGUGAAAAAGACCAGCAGAUGAGA